UCGGCGGCGGCGGCAGUGGUUGCCAUGGGGACCGGUACGGAGGCGCGCGCCGUCCUGCGGCGCAUGGUCGCAAUACUCGGCAGAGAGCUCCCAAUGGAAAAGAGAGCGACGUUCCAGGCAUAUAGUUAUAGGAGGCGUUGGUUGGGCAAAGCGACAGCUGUGCGGAUCUGACGUCAAGUGAUAUCCGGCCGUUGGCCACAAUGAGCACGACCGUGCUCGCUCGGCAGCUCGGCUGCUGCCUGUUCGUUUCUCGCGUGCAUUGACGUCCCCCCAUUCAAUGGUUCAACUCCGAAAAUUUUGUUGAGUGCGCGACAGUGAGCCCGCUGAGCUUGGCGAUAUUAACGGCUGGCCUGAAAAUGGCAACGAGCCUGUGUAGAAGCAAGACUGAACGCAUUCAGCCUCUAGCUUCAGCAGGACGCAGCAUCUCCUUCGAAACGGAUGGACUUCCAAGUGACGAUGAGACCGUAGUGUACUGCAUGGACUGCUCCAGUGCUGCAGCUUUCAGUCCUUGGUCAGAGCAGACUGCACCGACUGGCAAUUCCUCAUGGGAUGAAGACUUCAACACUAGUGCUACAGCCCAAGUUCAGCAAACCCUUGAAGCCAUAGACAGUUACUUGUAUGAAGAAAAAGAUAAUGAACCUGGAGGUGCUGACUUGAAUGAUGAACUCAAGCUUGAGUGUGAACGGUGGAAGCAACAGUUCCCAUACCUUCGUGUAAUUGGCAAGAAGCUUGCCUCUCCAACGGCAACUGUUGCUAAAAGUAUCAUUAUAAAUGGUGGUUCUACCUCAACAGAAAGCAAGUGUGACUCGGAGGCAAGCUGGUCGGCAGAGGACGAGGUGCUAAAGAAAAAUGUUAUAGAUCAUCUAUGUGCCAUUUUUUGGCCUGAGGUUCAGCUUUGGCUAGACAUCUCUCAUCAGCAUCUUGACUUUGACCACUUGAAUCUAAGGCACUUGCACUGGGACCUAGACAAGGAGGUACACAACAGCCAGCAAAACUUGGAAGGAGUGUUGACAGUGACACCAAAGCUCCUAAGUGAUCGUUUCUCAGAAAGAGCCUGCUCUUCCACAUUUUCCUCAAGGUCAAGCACUGCACAAUCCAUGCUCAGGCAGGGCUCCAGGCAGCAGUGGUCAUGUGAUAAACAGCAGCGGCAGUAUCAACCACCAGUGGCUUCCAGAUGCACUUCAAGGCCACGGCCCUUGCUGCCACCGUUAAGCUCUGGCAGUAAUGGCAGUAGCUCCAGCAAAGUGCCUAUGUUGUCGGGAUCCAUCCGGCUAUACUUGUGUGAAAACAUCCACAAUCCUUUGCCUUGUGAGCAAGCCUAUACAGCAACAGACUGUCUUCACUGUCCAGCAGAUCUGAAAGGACAAGUAGUGGAUCUUCGACAUCCAAACUACCACCUAUUGACUCUGCCUCUCUUCAGUCUAUGUAUGUAGAAGGACAUCGUAUCAAUGUGUCAGAGCGACCCCUGUCUCGAAGUGUGACUAGCUGUUGCCGCAGGCCCAGGGCGGAAAAGUGAUGUCUACAGUGUCAUGCUGAGUGGUGUACUAUAGCAUUGUGCCAAAUCUGUACAGAUGUUGAAUGGAAGUGGUGCACACUCCAGGACAGCUGUCUCGCAAAAUGAGACACCUUAGCUCAUUGUUCUUUUGUUUUUUCCAAGGGAGUGAAAGGCUUGUGCUGCAAAGCCCUGGUGGUCCUGACUCUGCUCUUUUCCUUCCUCCGGUGUCUUUGUAUCCCCUUGCUAGCUCAUACAGGAAGUUUUGCAUGUUACAAAAAUGCAAAGUAUUUGUAAUAUUUUAAAGUUACCUGCAUCUGCAUGGUUGAUUGGACUGGGUUGUAGUUAAAUUUGCUUUUUGAGAACACGUAAAUUUUGUAAUAUGCAGUUACUGUCGUCUUGUUCAUGUUUCAGUGUUUUUGGUGUGUAUUUGUUGGAGUUCAGCUCUUUCAUGUAUGGUUUCCGCAUGAUGUGUGAAUAAAUGAUUGUUCUGCUUGUCUCAA